AUGAGGGAUCAUAUGAAACUGCAUCCAGAGGCAGCUCCAACUAGUGAAAAUUCCACUAACUAUCACUAUAUGGUUGCCGGGUAUCAUCAGCUCCACUGUCUUCAUGUUGUUCGCGACUCGAUAUACUACCUCAACGGCACUCUUUCUGAAUGGCAUGGUGAAGGUGGAUUCCUUUGGGAUCAUGUCCUGCACUGCGUCGAAGCUAUCAGACAAGCCCUUCAAUGCAGUUUAGAUCCUACCCUGAUCCCGCUGGAAAAUUCAUGGCCGGGUAUCCCAAAUGGUCAAAUGCAUAUUUGCCGCAAUAGUGAGGCGCUUCGCAAGUGGACAGCCAAGUAUUCUUAUCCGAAGCCCACAUUUACGAGGCAACAAGAGCAACCGCAUACACAGGAGUGGAUUGAGAAAAUGAAGUUAGCCGGUCAGAUCUAA